AUGAUUAGCCGACUGUUUACACAAGUGGUUGCCAGAUCAUCACACAAGAUAUUCAAGCUAAGGCGACAUCUCCACAAGUCAAGCACGUUACGAAACUCCUCUGCCUUGAAGGAGUCACCACGUAUAAACCAAGUGGGGAUCCAGUACUUGUCCAAUCAACUACAUAAGAAAGUCUUUCCCACCAGUGAACUAGAUGACUAUCUCAAACCAAAACACCCAGAACUACUAGAAACAGCGAAGAAACAUCUAGAGGCCAAUGAUCUACUUGGUAAAAAGACUCAAAUAACGGACCCUAUCAAUAUUAGUCAUUUCCCCGAUUUGGUUGGCAAGAGCCUUGAUGAACAUUUCUACAAACUAGGUCAAAAAUCGGCAGAACCAUAUCUAUCAAUGGCACAAAGCUUUCUCCUGCCAAAGUCAUCUAUCCCACCAAUACCGUCUCAAGAUGAAUGGCUUAUGCAGCCGGGAUGGACCAGAUAUACACAAGAUGCAAAACCCGAACAAGUACUUUAUCCACUAGAAGAUGAGCUAGUUUUCGAUGUGGAAGUACUUUACAAAAUCAAAAAGUUUCCAAUUAUAGCCACCUGUGCAUCAUCCAAGGCAUGGUAUGGUUGGGUAUCACCAGUGCUCCUUGAUGCGAAUGAUCGAUGGAAAAAGACAAUCGACUACAACCAUUUAAUACCAAUGAAUUGUGCCAAACAACCUAAGUUGAUUGUUGGGUAUAACGUAAGCUAUGAUCGUGCGAGGAUUUUAGAAGAGUACCAUAUCAAAAGAUCAAAAGCAUUUUACCUCGAUGGAAUGGCAAUGCAUGUAGCCAUAAGCGGCAUAUGCUCACGACAACGACCCAUGUGGCAAAAAUUCAACAAAGCACAAACAAAGGCAGAAGCAGAAGAGGAAGAUGAAGAGGAUUAUGAUGCGCACGAAGAAGAUGAAUACGAUCCAGCUGUAUCUAUUCAAGAAGAUCCUUGGUUAUUGACCGGCUCGCCAAACUCAUUAGCAAAUGUUGCUAAAUUUCAUUGUGGAAUUGAAAUGAACAAAACAGAUCGUGAAUACUUUGCAUCGGAGGAUCCUCGAGUGAUUGUAAAGAAUUUUAAUUUAUUGAUGAACUAUUGUGCACAUGAUGUUGACGCAACAUACAAGGUGACAAAGAAGCUAUUUCCUGACUUUUUCACAAAAGUGCCGCAUCCUGUCUCAUUUGCUGCUUUGAAACACUUAGGAUCGUUGAUUUUGCCAACAAGUACGAAAUGGAAAAGUUAUAUAGAAUCGGCAGAAUCAUGCUACGACGCUAAUAGAGCAGAAGUGAAUGAUACGUUGAAAAAAUUGGCAUUGGACUUGAUACGAUUUAUCGAGAAAAAGGAUUCCAAAUUGAGACCGAAAUAUGAAAAUGACCCUUGGUUGAAUCAAUUAAAUUGGGAUUUGAAGAGGGGAAGGUUCAAGAAGGAUGGCUCUCCUUAUAAAAGGAAUGCGUAUCUAACUGGGUAUCCUGAAUGGUAUAGGGAUUUAUGGGGUUCUAUAUCCCCAGCUGGAACUCAAAUGAAUCUCACCUUGAAAACAAGAAUAACACCAUUGUUGCUUAAACUAAAAUGGGAAAACUACCCCUUAUUUUGGACCGAUUCAGAAGGAUGGUGUUUCAAAGUGCCAUUUGAUGAAGAAGUGUUUGCAUACUUGUUUUCGAAAAAUUACGUACGUGCAACAUUGACACCUGAAGAGAAUGAUGCCACACAUGACAAAUUACACGAGGAUGGUAAAUCGUAUGUUUUGUUCAAGGUUCCCCACCCUGAUGGUCCAAAAAAGCGUUGCACAUCAAUUCUUUCAAAAAACUAUAUGAAGUACUUUGACGAUGGGACAUUGACUUCCGAAUAUGAUUAUGCAAAAAAGAUUUUAAAACUCAAUAAUGAAGCUUCGUACUGGAUGGGUAGCCGUAAUCGUAUAAUGGAUCAGUUUGUGGUUUACAACAAAGAAGGAAAGAAUAAGUUCUUUGAUACGAAAAAGGAGUGUCUUGAACAUAAAGAUAUGGGUAUAAUUAUUCCAAACUUAGCUUCUAUGGGUACAAUUACCAGAGGAGCCACUGAAAAUACCUGGCUCACGGCGUCUAAUGCGAAAAAGAAUCGUAUUGGAUCGGAAUUGAAAGCAUUAAUUGAAGCACCAGAGGGCUACUGUUUUAUUGGAGCUGAUGUUGAUUCGGAAGAAUUGUGGAUUGCGUCGUUAGUUGGUGACUCAAUGUUUGGUAUACAUGGUGGAUCAGCAUUAGGUUGGAUGACGUUGGAGGGAGAGAAACUGCAAGGUACGGACUUGCAUUCAAAAACAGCCAGUAUUUUGGGAAUUUCUCGUAAUGAUGCAAAAGUGUUUAAUUAUGGUCGGAUCUAUGGGGCUGGUGUUACAUUUGCUACAAGGUUGUUGAAACAGUUUAAUAGUGAGCUUUCGGACGCCAAAACUGAGGAAAUCGCUCAAAAGUUGUAUGCAAGCACUAAAGGGAUGACUCAAACACCACGGUCUCUAGGUCUGAAAAAGUUGUAUUAUGGAGGUAGUGAAUCCAUAAUGUUCAAUGCUUUAGAGUCAAUUGCGCAUCAACCAGAACCUAAAACACCAGUACUAGGAGCCUCAAUUACAGAUGCAUUGAACGCCAAAAACUUGAAAAAGAAUACAUACAUGACCUCGCGAGUCAAUUGGACUAUUCAAAGCUCGGGUGUUGACUACUUGCAUUUGUUGAUUGUAUCAAUGGAAUAUUUGAUUGAAAAGUAUGGCAUUGAUGCAAGGUUAGCCAUAACUGUACAUGAUGAGUUACGAUAUCUUGUCAAAGAGAAGGACAAGUACAUAGCUGCUUUGCUUUUACAAAUAAGCAAUUUAUGGACCAGAGCCAUGUUUUGUGAACAGUUGGGUAUUAAAGAAGUUCCUCAAUCGUGUGCAUUUUUUUCCGAAGUUGACAUUGACCAUGUAUUGAGAAAAGAAGUGAGUAUGGAUUGUGUAACUCCAUCCCAUCCAAAUCCCAUUGUUCCAGGCGAAUCAUUAAAUAUAAACCAAUUGUUGGAAAAGACUGACAAUGGAGAAGUGUUGAAUUGUAAUCCUAAGUUGAUGACAUUGAGGACAACCAAAUAUGAGCCACGAGUUCCGGUGAUUCAAACAUUACGUAGUGGAUGGACUGAACAAGCUCGUAUUCAAAUGGUCAAAUUGCAAGCAUCGACAAGUAAAGAAGAAUGGAUUCAGAAUUUGCGACAGUUGAAUCGGGUGAUCAAGACAUAUGUUACUGAUGAACAGAAGGAGAUAUUGGUCAAAUUACAUGACGAUCGUGUCAAUGAAAAGGCACGCUUUGUAGUUUAUCGACGUGAUCGCAAAAAGAAAACACUGAACCAAGAUGCUAGUAAAGCAACACUGGAUUUCGAUUUGGAAGUGAAGUUGCAGGAUGUGAAGACAAAAGGUAAGGGAGUAAGAACGGGCCCCAGUGAAAACAAGAGCACGAGCAUGAAAAAGGCAACGAAAGAUGAGGCUACUGAGGAUACCUUUGCAAAGUCAAAACAAAUGAGCACCAGAAGAAAUGAAGAGUCCAAUGUCGGCGUUCGGUACGGGAAAUCUGGUUACCAUAAUCCACGAUUGGUGAUAGAUGCAACUCCCAAAUCGGCUUGGACCUCGCAAGACACACAACAUGAAUCGAGUAAGGCUGAUGAAACAGUGACAUCGGCAAUGCAUUCCCAAGCACUGCCUUUUCCCACCAACACUAAUCCAUCUCCGUUACGUCAACCGUCAGCCCAAUCAUUGCCACCUCCUUAUCAUUAUCCUAGCACUUCGGCUAGAACACAUUUCUCAAAAUUAGGAAUUGCAAACAAGAUGGGUUAUCAUACAAUUUCUCCUUUUGUGUAUCAAGCUCCAUUAAAUAGACGUGAUACAGUGGCUGGUUUCUCGAGUCGUGAACCUACUAGGUCAAAUCAAUUAAUGGUUGAUUGUGAUUAUGAACUUUGUUGUGGCGACCGAUUUGAGACAAGACAUCGACUGCGUCGACGACAGAUGAGUAAUGUUGAAAUGCGACUCGCAGGAGAGGGACUUGGUGAAAUAGAAGAGAUCGGAUGGAGGAAAAGACGACGACGAGGAAAGAGCGGGUGA